AUGGUGCGCCUACAUGUGAAACACGGCGAUGAGAGCCAGUUCCUCUUCGAUACGACUGUCAGUGUUCCUGUGGAUGACUUGGUGAAAGAUAUUGUAGUCAUUUACAAUGGCAGGCUUAAAGUUAGCAGGAUUUGUUCAGAGAUGGAGGAGUUGGCAGAACAUGGCAUUUCUCUGCCCCCUAAUAUGCAGGGAUUGGCUGAUGAGCAGAUUGAAGAUCUGAAACUAAAGGAUGAAUUUGAAGCUAAAUGCGUGCCCAGUGGAGGGAGUGUCUUCAAAAAGGAUGAGAUUGGAAGACGCAAUGGAUGCACCUAAUGACAGUAUGAAGACGGUGUUGCAAAAGACAAUGGAGGAAGCAAAAGCCUUAAUAUCAAAGAAACAAGCGGAGGCCAAUGUGUGUGUAGCAAUGGACAUGGUAAAAGAUGCUUUGGAUCAGCUCCGCGGUGCCGUAAUGAUUGUGUAUCCCAUGGGAUUACCUCCACAUGAUCCAAUCAGGAUGGAGUUUGAAAAUAACGAGGACCUCUCUGGGACUCAGGCUGGACAGAUGGUUAUUGGGGAACCCGAGGCCCAGUUGUGGUGGGCUGGGAAGGAGCUGCUGAGGAAUAAGAAACUUGUUGACUACGUGGGUAAAAAUGAAAAGACUAAAAUAAUUGUGAAGAUACAAAAGAGAGGACAUGGAGCUCCAGCAAGAGAGCCGGUCAUUUCAGAGGAAGAGCAGAAGAAAAUGAUGAUGUAUUACCACAGGAAACAGGAGGACCUCAAGAAACUUGAAGAGGAUGAGGAUAUUUCAUACCUGGAUGCUGACUGGGCAGACAGUAACUCCCUAAAAAGACAGUUUCAGGGUGUGAAGAACAUUAAAUGGAGGCCAGGGUGA